AUGUAUGACAAUUAUCAAGGUUUGGACAUGUAUGACAAUUAUCAAGGCUGGGACAUGUAUGACGAUUAUCAAGGCUGGGACAUGUAUGACAAUUAUCAAGGUUUGGACAUGUAUGACAAUUAUCAAGGCUGGGACAUGUAUGACGAUUAUCAAGGCCGGGACAUGUAUGACAAUUAUCAAGGCUGGGUCAUGUAUGACAAUUAUCAAGGUUUGGACAUGUAUGACAAUUAUCAAGGCUGGGACAUGUAUGACAAUUAUCAAGGUUUGGACAUGUAUGACAAUUAUCAAGGCUGGGACAUGUAUGACAAUUAUCAAGGUUUGGACAUGUAUGACAAUUAUCAAGGCUGGGACAUGUAUGACAAUUAUCAAGGCCGGGACAUGUAUGACAAUUAUUAA